UGAGGUGGAGACCACCACCCCCCAAAAAAAAACACACAAAAACCACCCUCGUCACCCCUCCGCUCCAGCAGAGGGCGAGAGCGGGAGCCCCUCCAUGGCGGCGGCGCUUCCGGACCGGGCUGCGGCCAUGGCGGUGGGCGGCAGGCGGGCUGUGUACCCGCUGUUCCAGUUGGGCGGCCCCCAGCUGCGGAUCUUCCGCCCCAACUUCUUCAUGCUGGCGGUGCGGCCCGGCGUGCCACAGCCCGAGGACACGGUGCAGUUCCGCGUCUCCAUGGAAAUGACAAAAGUGGAUAUCAAGAAUUACCUUGAAAAAAUAUAUAAUGUGCCAGUAGCUGCUGUGAGGACCAGAAUACAGUAUGGUGCGAACAACAAGAAGAACCACAAGAAUCAGAGGGUGAAGAAGCCAGAUUACAAGGUUGCCUAUGUACAGCUGGGCAAAGGACAAACCUUUCAGUUUCCCAACCUGUUUCCAGAGAAAGAACAAGAUGAAGAAGCUCGCUCUUUUGAUGACUUCAGGAAGAAAUAUCUAGAGAAAGAGCAGCAGAUCCAGAAGGGUGACCCCAGACGAGGUGGAGUUCCCGAUUGGUUCGGACUUUGAUGCAACAAGCCAGCUGCCUUUCUGUAGCCUUAGAGGAAUUUUGGUCAGCAGAACUUGAACUCUUCUCUUCUUGUAAUGACCAAGGGUUUAUUCUUGAGCAGCCCUUGCUAGAGUGUCUAUUUUCCUGGCUAUUUAUGCACGACUACAACAAAAUGGCCCUAAAGAAAUAAAAAGGUAAAA